AAAAGAACACUAAAAGACAAAAAUGGACAAACCAUCGCGGCCAGUGCGAAAUCGUAAGCGUAGUAGAAAAGCUUGGUCACCGGGUGACACGCAUCGACCCGUCAAGCGACUGUUUACGCCGGAAAUCAAGCGUUUGCUCAAGGACUGGUUGGUUCGACGAAGGGAAAAUCCGUACCCGAACCGGGAAGAGAAGAAACUGCUGGCAGUUGAGACUGGCCUGACGUACACGCAAAUUUGCAAUUGGUUCGCCAACUGGCGCCGGAAGCUGAAAAACUCUGGCAACGAUCCGGUACGAAAAACGUGGGGCAAUCUCAUCCGCCACUACAACACGAACGCGCGCGGUAACGUGGAGCAGUUUAGCAUUUGCUCAAGCGACAGCAUUUGGAGCGCGGGCGAAGGUGACGAUUCGCAAGAUUCGUUUCGCAAUAGUCCCCCACCGGAACACCACGUGCUUGCCGCCGGUGGUGGUCGGCAUCAUGAGACGGCAGGUAGCGCCAUGGCGUAUGUGAAGUUUGCGACCAGCCACGGUAGAAGCAAAUACGAUGGAUUCGUUCACGGUCAUCCUACGGUUAACAAUAACAUUAGUUCGUGUCGCAAUAACAAUAGCAACAGUAAUAGCAAUGGACGGAAGUAUGCCGACUACCUGAGACAUCCGGAGAUGGGCGGAGGGGAACGUGCGGAGGAGAAUCCACCCUACGAUGGUAUGCUUCGCGACAGCUAUCCUGCUACGACGUUUUGCUUCGAUCAUUGCUACACUCCGCGCAACUACGAAACGGUAUUUGGCAUUCCGGAGGACACAAGAUGUUACAAAGUGAAACAGAUUGCCGAUAAAUAUGGACAAGAAAGUAGCGUCAGGCUGGAACCGCUGAUUUUAGCGACGGGAGCGACGGCAUUUGGGGCGUACGAUCACGUCCACGACGCAGGAGGAAGUGCUACUCUCUUUCUCGCUCCACCCGCUAGUCUGUCACCACCGAUGACACCCCCUCCGGUGAUCUCAUCUGCACUUCCUAACGGACAGAUCCGGUCGAGUAAAUACAAGAGCAGCAUCAUGGAAAAGUAUCUACGUGAUCUCGGGGAGCUUGAACCAGCACACAGCAAACCACCGAAUGCUACCGACGGCAGCGGUCUUUCAGUCAUCAUGGCAACAAUUCCGUUCCAACGAGGCUUCCACCAUCACCAUCACCACCACCACCUUCACCGCCAUCAUCACCAUCCGGCUGCGGAUGAACAUUUUCCACAGAGCACAACAUCACCGGGAUUGCUGAGCGCUGACGGGCGAUUAGGCUGUGAUACGAACGAAAUACGGGGGCCACCACCAUCGCUAUCGAAGUGGCUCGAAAGUACCGCCAAGUUUACGCCUUCCAAGCACAACUACAUUGGGGAUUGGGACAAGUCUGGCAAACAGCCAGCAACCAAAAUGCACUGUGACUUGGCCGGUGGUGGUAUAGCGUCAUUCGGACCUUCGUGUCAGACACCGGUGGUGGCUACAUCUGUGACGACAACGGAAAGCAUCGUACUGGUGGGCCAUCAGAAGGACGAAAUCGAUGCGGCGGAAGCACUGACGCACUUGGCGAACAAUUUUCGAACGAAAUUCUCCGCCUAAGCCGGCGGUCAAAAAUGGCCGGCAUCCUUUCCUGGGACGGAAAGUAGGAUAAUUGUACGAGAAUCAUGGGUCGA